AUGGCAGAGCUCAGGUCCAGUUUCCUCCACAUUGGAGACAUCGUGUCUCUUUACGCGGAAGGCUCGGUCAACGGCUUCAUCAGCACUUUGGGGCUUGUUGAUGACAGGUGUGUAGUCCAGCCUGAAGCUGGAGACCUUGCUAACCCGCCCAAAAAAUUCAGGGACUGCCUCUUCAAGGUGUGUCCCAUGAACAGGUACUCGGCCCAGAAGCAGUUCUGGAAGGCAAAACAAGGAAAACAAGGGAACAACAAUGCACAGGGAGACCUGUUCAAGAAGUUACAGCAUGCAGCAGAGCUGGAGCAGAAGCAGAAUGAGUCAGAAAACAAGAAGCUUCUGGGAGAAGUUGUCAAAUACAGUAAUGUCAUCCAGCUGCUUCACAUAAAGAGUAACAAGUACCUGACGGUGAACAAGCGUCUCCCUGCCUUGCUGGAGAAGAAUGCGAUGCGGGUUUCUCUCGACCCCGCUGGGAAUGAGGGAUCCUGGUUCUACAUUCAGCCCUUCUGGAAGCUGCGUAGCGAAGGCGAUAACGUGGUGGUUGGAGACAAGGUGGUACUGAUGCCGGUGAACGCAGGGCAGCCUCUUCACGCCAGCAAUAUAGAACUACUGGACAACCGUGGCUGCAAGGAGGUGAACGCCGUCAGCUGUAACACCAGCUGGAAGGUCACCUUAUUCAUGAAGUUCAGUGACUACAGAGAGGAUGUACUGAAGGGGGGUGAUGUGGUUCGGCUGUUCCACGCUGAGCAGGAGAAGUUUCUAACCUGUGACGAGUACAAGAAGCAGCAGCACGUCUUUCUCAGGACCACGCUGAGGCAGUCCGCCACCUCGGCCACCAGCUCCAACGCCCUGUGGGAAAUAGAGGUUGUGCAUUAUGACCCGUGCAGAGGAGGCGCUGGCCAGUGGAACAGCCUCUUCCGCUUCAAACACCUUGCUACAGGGAACUACUUGGCUGCUGAGGUGAACCCUCUUUUCAAAAAUGACAGUGUGGAAACUAAAACGAAGGGAGAGAGUGAGACAGAUGCCGUGUUCCCUAAGAGGAAGCGUCAAGUUGCAGAGAGGAUUGCCUUGACACUGGUGUCUGUCCCCCAUGGUAAUGACAUCGCUUCCCUGUUUGAACUGGAUGCCACCACUCUGCAGAGGGCUGACUGCCUCGUCCCCAGAAACUCCUAUGUGAGGCUCAGACAUCUGUGCACCAACACCUGGGUGACCAGCACCAACAUCCCCAUCGAUGCAGAGGAAGAACGACCUGUCAUGCUCAAGAUUGGCACCUGUUCCACAAAAGAGGACAAAGAGGCGUUUGCCAUUGUAUGUGUGCCCCUGUCUGAGGUCAGGGACUUGGACUUUGCCAAUGAUGCCAACAAGGUCCUAGAGGCCACUGUGAGGAAACUUCAAUAUGGAAACAUCACUCAGAAUGAGAGGAGGUUUGUGACUAAGCUCCUGGAGGACCUGGUCUUCUUUGUUUGUGAGGUACCAAAUAAUGGCCAGGAAGUUCUGUCUGUGGUUAUCUUGAGACCCAACCGAGAAAGGCAGAAACUUAUGCGAGAACAGAACAUCCUUGACCAGAUCUUUGGGAUCCUGAAGGCCCCGUUCACAGACCAGGGGGAUGGUCCUAUGCUGAAGCUGGAGGACCUGGGUGACCAGCGCUAUGCUCACUUCAAGUACAUGCUGAAACUCUGUUACAGGGUGCUUCGCCACUCUCAACAGGACUACCGUAAAAACCAGGAAUACAUAGCCAAAAAGUUCUCCAUCAUGCAGUCUCAGAUUGGCUAUGAGAUCCUGGCUGAGGACACCAUCACAGCCCUGCUGCACAACAACCGCAAGCUGCUGGAGAAACACAUCACAGCCAGAGAGAUCGAGACCUUUGUCAACCUGCUGCGGCGUAACAGAGAGCCCAGAUUCCUGGACUACCUUUCUGAUCUGUGUGUGUCCAACAAGACUGCCAUCCCAGUCACCCAGGAGCUCAUCUGUAAAUACAUGCUCAACGUGACCAAUGCAGACAUUCUCAUCCAGACCAAGCUCAUCCCUAACACAGAGACCACCCUGGAGUCGUCUCUGCUCCAGGAGGAGGUGGAAGAGGAGGAGGUUUGGCUCUACUGGAUUGACAGCCACAAGGAGCCUCAUGGCAAAUCCAUUCGCCACCUGGCCCAAGAUGCCAAGGGAAACCACAAGAUGGAUGUAGACAUCAUCACUUACUAUAGAUACCAGUUAAACCUGUUUGCUAAGAUGUGCCUGGACCGUCAGUAUCUGGCCAUCAACCAGAUCUCCAGCCAGCUGCCCGUGGACCUGAUCUUACGCUGUAUGUUUGAUGACUGCCUACCGUACAACCUUAGAGCCUCCUUCUGCCGCCUCAUGCUUCACAUGCACGUGGACCGCGACCCCCAGGAGGCAGUGGUGCCUGUGCGCUACGCUCGCCUCUGGACCGAGAUCCCCUCCAAGAUCACCAUCCACGAAUACGAAUAUGAAUCCACCGACACCUCAAGAGAAGAGAUGAAGAGGACGUUUGCCCACACCAUGGAAUUUGUUGAAGAAUAUCUCAAAGAUGUUGUCAGCCAGUCUUUUCCAUUUGGGGACAAAGAAAAGAAUGAACUAACUUUAGAGGUGGUAAAUCUGGCUCGGAACCUGGUCUACUUUGGUUUCUACAGCUUCAGUGAGCUGCUGCGUCUCACACGCACUCUGCUGGCCAUCCUAGAUAUUGUCCAACACCCCCUCACUUACUUGAACAAGCUCAGCAAGAGCCCAGAGGCUGGUAACAAUGUCCUGCGUACAAUCCAUGGUGUUGGGGAGAUGAUGACUCAGAUGGUGAUGAGCAGAGGUCUCCCACACAACCUCCCAGACACCCCUCCAUCCUUACGCUAUGGGAAAGGCCACUUCCUGUCUGACAGUGAGGAUGUCAUGGUGAUGGACACCAAGCUGAAGAUCAUAGAGAUCCUACAAUUUAUCCUAAGUGUCAGGCUGGAUUACAGGAUCACCUACUUGCUGUCCAUCUACAAGAAAGAGUUUGGAGACAAGAACCUACCUGAUGGCUCCACCUCUGUCUCUGAUUUCCCUUCAAUGUCCAGUAAGACCUCUGAGCCGGACAUAGAUGAGAUUGCAGCCAAAGCAGAGUCCAUGUUCUCAGGAAGCUCAGGGCGGAGUGCGGUGGAGCUAGAUGAUGAAGGCGGCAAGACUUUUUUGAGAGUUUUGAUUCACCUCAUCAUGCAGGACUACCCACCGCUGGUGUCCGGCUCACUCCAGCUCAUCUUCAAACACUUUAGUCAGAGAGCUGAGGUCCUUCAGGCAUUCAAACAGGUCCAGCUACUAGUGUCAGAGCAGGAUGUGGAAAAUUACAAGCAGAUUAAGGCUGACCUGGACCAGCUGCGUCUGACUGUAGAGAAGUCGGAGCUCUGGGUGGAGAAGAGCGGAUACAUCAGUGAAGAUCUCGGGGACAGACAGGCCAAGGAACGCAACAGUGAGGAGGUGGUCCUGAGCCCAGUGCAGGAUGGGGAUAUCAAACCUCAGAUUGAUAGCAAUAAAGCAAACAACUAUAACAUUGUCAAAGAGAUCCUACUUCGGCUCAGCAAGCUUUGUCACCCCAUUAAAAAGAGCCGCAUACAGCAGCAGAGGCUGCUGAAAAACAUGGGUGCUCACACUGUGGUCCUGGACUUGCUUCAGAUCCCCUAUGAGAAGAGUGAUGAGAAGAUGAAUGAGAUCAUGACGCUGGCUCAUACGUUUCUGCAGAACUUCUGCAGAGGGAAUGCUCAGAACCAAGUUCUUCUACAUAAACACCUGAACCUGUUCCUCACCCCAGGGCUGCUGGAAGCCGAGACAAUGCGUCACAUCUUCAUGAACAACUAUCAUCUGUGUAAUGAGAUCAGUGACCGUGUGGUCCACCAUUUUGUCCACUGCAUCGAGACACAUGGAAGACAUGUUCAGUACCUUAAAUUUCUGCAAACCAUUGUGAAAGCUGAUGGGAAAUAUGUGAAGAAGUGUCAGGACAAAGUGAUGACAGAGCUGGUGAAUGGAGGAGAGGACGUGCUGAUAUUCUACAAUGACCGCUCCUCGUUCCCGCUGUUGGUACAAAUGAUGGGUUCUGAGCACGAACGGACAGAUGAAGGUGGAUCACUGGCCUAUCACAACACUCUGGUGGAGCUGUUGGCCGCCUGCACCGAGGGCAAAAAUGUCUACACUGAGCUGAAAUGUAACUCUCUGCUACCACUGGAUGACAUUGUCAAAGUUGUCACCGAUAUUCACUGUAUACCAGAGGUGAAGAUGGCCUAUGUGAACUUUGUGAACCAUUGCUAUGUGGACACAGAGGUGGAAAUGAAGGAGAUCUAUACGUCUAAUCACAUCUGGAAACUCUUUGACAACUUCCUUGUUGACAUGUCCACUGUGUGCAACAGCACCACAGACCGUAAUCAUGCCGACCUGGCGCUGGAAAAGUAUGUCACAGAGACAGUAAUGGCCAUUGUCAAAGGCUUCUUCAGCUCUCAGUUCUCUGUCAACAACUCCAACCUGCAGACAAAUCAGCCCAUCUUCAUCCAGCUGCUCCAGUCUGCCUUCAGGGUCUACAACUGCACCUGGCUCAACUCAGCUCAGAAGGCAAACAUCGAGAGCUGCAUCAAAACACUGGCAGAUGUCGCUAAGGCUCGGGCCAUAGCAAUCCCUGUGGACUUGGACAGUCAGGUCAACACUCUGUCCCUAAAGGUCCAUAGCAACAUGGUGCAGCGGGCAGCCAAGGACUGGAGGAACACUGCCCGCAUACGGCCACGCAAGGAGCCCCUCGGUGGCCCCGACUACAAAAACAUCAUUGAAAAGUUGCAGGGGGUUGUGGCGUGUCUGGAGGAGCAGUUCAGUCCUAUGGUGCAGGCGGAGUUCUCUGUGCUGGUGGAUGUUCUGCACAGUCCCGAGCUGCUGUUCCCUGAGGGCGCUCGGCUGCGCUGCGAGAGCGGCGCUUUCAUGUCCAAGCUGAUCAAACACACUCAGAAGCUGAUGGACAAAGAAGAGAAGCUGUGUAUCAAGAUCCUGCAGACACUCCGAGAGAUGCUGGACAAGAAGGAAAGCUUUGAGGAGACGGUGAGUACUCCGCUGGCAGGGAGUGUGUUAAGGAAGAUCCUCCUCACGCGCUACUUUGGAAAUCAAAGGCUUCUGUCCAAGUCAGAAUUCGGGAGUGGGAAUUGCUCAUCGGGAGGCUUUGUCAAGCCGUCAUCUGGAGGAGGUUCCCCGAUGGUGGACUCUGACAAACCAGGGAGCAGUAUGGUAGAGAUCCAGUGUCUGCUGGACAACGUGGGCGCGUCAGAGAUGGUGAUUGACCUUAUUGUGAACACCAAGAAUGACCGGGUGUUUGAGGAGAGCAUUCUUCUGGGCAUCUCCCUUCUCCAGGGAGGAAACACGCAGAUACAGAACUCCUUCUACAACCAACUGUACAAGCAGAAGAAGUCAGAGAGGUUUUGUAAGGUGUUUUAUGACCGCAUGCGUGUGGCCCAGCAGGAGAUUCGCUCCACCGUGUCCGUCAACAUGUUUGAGCUCAGCAGCAGGAAGCGGGAUGAAGACGCGGACGUUACUGGUGUCAGGUUUAAGAAAGGGAAAGACACAAGGCUCCAUAUGAGGGAGGAGAUGCGAGGCCAGCUGAAAGAGGCGUCCUCAGCCACCUCCAAAGCCUUUUGUGCCUUCAGAAAGGAGCUGGACCCUGAUCUCGAGAGCCUGGGCCACAACAGCGAGAUGCCCGGGGCUGAGGAGGCAAUAGAGGAAACUCAGAUGAGCCCGGCCAUCACCAUCAUGAAGCCCAUUCUGCGCUUCCUACAGUUGCUCUGUGAGAAUCACAACUCAGAUCUACAGAACUUCCUGCGCAACCAGAACAACAAGACAAACUACAAUCUAGUCUGUGAGACCCUGCAGUUCUUGGACUGCAUCUGUGGAAGCACCACUGGAGGACUGGGGCUGCUCGGCCUCUACAUUAAUGAGAGUAAUGUGGACCUGGUUCGCCAGACCCUGGAGACCAUCACUGAGUACUGCCAAGGACCCUGUCAUGAAAACCAGUCCUGUAUAGCCAAGCACGAGUCAAAUGGAACCGACAUCAUCAUAGCACUGAUCGUAAACUCCAUCAACCCCCUGGGAAAGCAUCGGCUCGACCUGGUGCUCGAGCUCAAGAAUAAUGCCUCCAAGCUCCUUUUGGCCAUCAUGGAGAGUAGGCAUGACAGCGAGAAUGCAGAGAAAAUCCUCUACAAGAUGAGACCCAAUGAACUGGUGGACGUGAUGAAGGAAGCCUAUGCUCAGGGACUGGAGAGUGAGUCAGACGAGGAUUGUGCUGGAGACCAGAUCAAGCCCAGAGAUGUUGGACAUAACAUCUACAUCUUGGCUCACCAGCUGGCCAGACACAACAAGAUCCUGCAGCAGAGUCUGAGGCCAGGGUCGGGAUUGGGACUCGGGGCAGGACUCGACCCUGACCACGAGGGAGACGAUGCACUUCAUUACUAUGCCAAGCACACCGCUCAGAUAGAGAUCGUACGCCAUGACCGCACCAUGGAGCAGAUCGUGUUCCCGGUCCCCAACAUCUGCGAGUACCUGACUGAGGAGUCCAAGAUGCGCGUGUUCACCAGCACCGAGAGAGACGACCAGGGCAGCAAGGUCAACGACUUCUUUCAGCAGUUCGACAACCUCUACAACGAGAUGAGGUGGCAGAAGAAGAUUCGCAGAAACAAGGCUCUGUUCUGGUUCUCGCGACACAUUUCCCUCUGGGGCAGCAUCUCCUUCUACCUGGCCUGCCUGCUCAACAUCGCCGUGGCUGUUUUUUACCCCUUUGGUGACGAUGAAGACGAGGGAACCUUGUCUCCUCUCUGGAAUAUCUUGCUGUGGAUGGCAAUAGGGGUGUUCACCAUCCUCCUUGCCUUGCUCCCCAAACCGUGGGGCAUUCUCUUCUUCCUGGUCUCUCUCAUUCUGCGCUCCAUCUACACCAUGGGCCUACGUCCUGCUCUGCUGCUGCUUGGUGCUACCAAUCUGUUUAACAAGGUCGUGUUUCUCGUGAGCUUCGUGGGUAACCAGGGGACGUUCGCCCGUGGCUACAAGGCAGUGGUCAUGGACAUGCUUUUCAUCUACCAUUUGAGCUAUGCUGUCAUCUGCGUCCUGGGCCUCUUUGUGCACGAGUUCUUUUACAGUUUCUUGCUGUUUGACCUGAUUAUUCGGGAAGAGACCCUACUCAACGUUAUCAAAAGUGUGACGAGGAAUGGCCGCUCCAUCAUUCUGACGGCCGUGCUGGCCAUCUUUCUCGUCUACUUCUUCUCCAUCAUCGGCUUCCUUUUCCUCAAGGACGAUUUCCGCAUGGAGGUAGACCGCCUCCAAGUACCAGAUGAGGAUGAUGGGACGGAGCGGGUGUGUGACACUCUGCUGAUGUGCAUAAUAACGGUGCUGAACCAGGGGCUACGUAAUGGAGGAGGUGUGGGAGACAUUCUCAGGAGACCCUCCAAAGAGGAGCCGUUGUUUGCAGCUCGUGUGGUGUAUGACCUCCUGUUCUUCUUCGUUGUUAUCAUCAUCGUUCUCAACCUCAUCUUUGGUGUCAUCAUUGACACGUUUGCGGACCUGAGGAGUGAGAAACAGAGGAAGGAGGAGAUCCUCAAAACUACCUGCUUCAUUUGCGGGUUGGAGAGGGACAAGUUUGACAACAAGACGGUGUCCUUCGAGGAACAUAUUCAGAGCGAACACAGCAUGUGGCACUACCUUUACUUCCUGGUCCUCGUGAGAGUGAAGGAUCCGACUGAGUACACCGGCCCUGAGAGCUAUGUGGCCCAGAUGAUCAAGGAGAAGAACUUGGACUGGUUCCCCCGUAUGAGAGCCAUGUCUCUGGUGAGCAGCGAGGGGGACGGCGAGCAGAACGAGAUGCGCUCUCUGCAGGAGAAACUGGACAACACCGUCACUCUGGUGGCCCAGCUCUCUGGCCAGCUGGCUGAGCUGAAGGAACAGAUGACGGAGCAGAGGAAGAAUAAACAGAGGCUUGGAUUCUUGGGUCCUCCUCAGGCCAACCACCACAUCCCAGCCCACUGAAGGACUCGGGGCGAGGGCCCCUGCCCACAGGGACCAGCACUGCAGGCUCACAACGGCUACUACACAGAAUCAGUACUCAAGCAGAGGGCAUCAACUCACAUUUAGUGAUGACAGUUUGCAAAGAGCCUGCAGAGUUGAACACGCAUGCAGAGUCCAGCAGGGCCUUUCCUUAAAGACCAACAGUGUCUUGAAGACGAAAACAACACUUCACAUUGGAGGGACUCUCAAAAGUAUGACCAGUGUACUUUAAGAUGGUAGUUGUUAUUUUUUAACUAUCCAUCGCUGUGAAUGGUUUGCUUGGCACAGCACACACUUGCCAAUGUAGUGUUAGUGUAGCAAACAGGCCGAGGAAAAUGUUAAGUUAAGGUUAAUGGGUAUUUGUUGUCAGUCAAUGGAAGCCUCGUCAGUCUGAUGCGUUGCAUUCUAGCUACGGGAUGAGGAGUCAGGACGCUGCUCUCUUGCUCAGCUGAUUGGCUGGAAGGGAAGUGUGUGUACACGCUUGUCAAGUGUUCCCCUGGCCUUUUAGAUUUCUAUUCGUUUUUUUGUGUGAAAAAAGGAGGGCAUAACUUGAGUAUUAUUUCAUUAUGGAAAUGGAUUUUUUUAUAUCUUGCUGCCUUAUUUGUAAACUUUAAGAUAAAAUGCAAUUAGUGAUGGUGCACCUUUUAAAAAAAUGUAAAAAUAUUAAAAGUUAUACGCAAACAGAGGCAUUGAUUGGUCUGGACAUUAUUUUGUGCGUCUGCACAAUAUCCUUUUAGAGAAUGCAUCCGCUGCACCAUUUUAUAUGCCUUUUCUGAGGAGCUGUACAAAGUAUAUCAAUAACAGAUAUAUGUGUAAAGAUAAUCUGAUUACCUGUAUGGAAUUUACUUGAAAGGCCUUUGGGUCUAAACUCUGUAUGUGUAGAGAUGACCUAAAAUGACCUGGUUACUUUUUACAAAAAACUUUUUUCGUUACAGUGUAUAAGAUUGUAUUGCUUACAGAGAUACCAGUUACCAGUCUUCAUCUUCCACUGUCUCUGUUUUUGACAGUCGCUUUUUAAUUUACAAACCCAUUACAGUGAUUUGUCUCUUAGACUGCAGUUAGUUGUUAAUCUGAAAGCGCGUUUUAAUCUUGCACAAUCUCAUGGCCAAUUAGGAGUGUCUGCGCUCAGUGAGAGCCGUUCUUCACACACUGUUAGGAAAAACAAGUGUAUAGAUGGCUCAUUUUAUGUUGCCAGAUGUUGCA